AUGGACGUCAACGCACCUGCAGCACUAGGAGUGGGACAGGACCCGGCACUUGACACGACCAAACUGCCAGCAGACCACGCUCCAAAAUUCUUGGCCGAGGCCAAACGAAUCUACGAGAAUAGCAAGCCUCCCUUCGUGACUACUCCGGGCAACAGCUCUAAAGGAUCUAGGAGGGCCGUCUUCGUUGCCAAAGACGGUCAACGACCUCCUCUAGCAAUCCGAACCGAUCUGGUCGCCAAACAUUGGGGUGCACUCGCCCUCGAUGGGAUCUAUUGGACUCUAGAUCUCAAUGGUGAGAGAUUCAUUGUCCAGUCUUUUCCCAACAAGGGGUGCAUUAGCGGUGCAAAAUGGGUCUACUGUUCUUGGACAGGAGUAGAGGAUGAGUUUGAAGAUCUGCCGUUGGCGUUCUCAUGCAUCAAUGGGGAAUACACGAGUGUUCUAGGUCCAAGAACCGAGUCUCCUGCUGCAGCAAAGCUACCAAUGACCCAGUACGAUACCUUGACUAGUGCGACAGCCAACAGCCUUGGUCACGAUCUCCCAGUGGAAUAUCUCGAGGAAGCGAAAGCGCUCUACGCGGAUUCUAGACCUCCUUUCGUGAUCCAUAAGACUAAGAAGCCCCGCAGACACGUUCUUCUUGCUACGCAAGACGGUCAGUUCUCGGCCACUUCAACAGAAGCGGAGGUGGUGUACCGGAUUUGGAAUUCUGUGGAUGACUACCCGACUCUGGACUUGGAUGGGAAGAGGUUUAUUCUAAUGGGCAAGCACGUGGGUCAUCCACGUCGAUACCAAUAUCGUCUUUGGCUCGGCUCUGGUGAAGGGCGCGUCAAGAGGGUUGUCGCCUACUCUAGUCAGCCCGCCAGCGCGAGGAAGACAGCGUCAAGCUUGACCGAGCAUCUGCCCGAAGUCGACGAAGAUCCAAGCUUGUCGUCGUCAUCGGACGAUGAAGAGGAUCAGGACCCUCACCCAAGUGCAACAGAAGAUCAACAAUAUUUCUACGACAGGUUCAAAAAGGCCUUUGAUCCUACCGCCAUUCCUCCUCCAACGCCAAUCAAGUUCAGUACGCGUCAACCGGUCGCUUCAUCCGAGCCACCAGCGUUGAAAGAACGUCCCCGUAGGACACCUAAGCCUACAAAGAGAGCGAGGAGCCCCUCGCCGCCUGCACACUUGGGCUCCAGGCCAGACAAACCGCCAGCUUCCGUUCCAAAGCGAACCCCUCGCCGAACCCGCUCUCAUUCCGACGACUCCUCCGCCCUCUCCUCCCCGCCCUACGGGACUCCGGCCCCUACGCCCGGCAUCAACCACCGCCCGGGCCCGACCCCCGAAACCCAAAACCCCCAUGCCCCAGCACCCACUUCUCUCCCGACCCUCACUCUCCACAAACAAACCCACACCACCCUUCGCAUCACUCGCGAUUCAAACAUCAUUGGUUUCGUCCCACUACGACUGCUCGCCUGCAUGACCAUGGCCACACUCUUCAGCGGCGUCAUCGCUGCCAGCGGGCACAAAGAAUACGAACAGCCGGUUAGAUGUCUCAUGGCUAUCUUUGACUGGAAGGACGAAACUGAUGUCUACAAGACGAUUUAUAUCGACAGGGGGAGCGAAGGCAGCUUUGAAAUAUUCUUGGAGAUUAUCGAUGAGGCGCCCUGUUGGAAGGAUGAGGGGGGGAAGUGCGGAAUUGUUGUUGAGGUCGUCAGGGCUUAG